UUCUGUACUUUUCUUUUCUCUGUUUUGGGUUUUCUCUUCGCAAAACAUAAAUUUUUUAAACAAAAUGACGAAACUAGCAGACAAUGUAAACCCAAACGUCUACGAUAAGGGUUCAGAGCGGGAAAAGACUUCAGAAGACUACAAUGAGGACAUUGAAGAUUUGUUCGAUGAACGCGAAAUCUUUGAUUUAAUUCGCAAUAUCAACGAUCCUGAACACCCUUUGACUCUGGAAGAGCUGAGGGUUGUGGAGGAAAGUAAUAUUAAGGUGGAUAACAAGGAUAAUACUGUUGUGGUUAGUUUUACGCCGACCAUACCGCAUUGUAGUAUGGCUACGUUGAUAGGCCUCUCAAUCCGAGUCCGUCUCCUCCGAGCCUUACCAAGCCGGUUUAAAGUCACCGUAGAAGUCUCGGAAGGCUCCCACGUAUCUGAACAUGCGGUGAACAAGCAGCUUGCGGAUAAGGAGAGGAUAGCGGCCGCGUUAGAGAAUAAGAAUCUAGUUCAGAUAAUUAAUCAGUGUAUUGCUACAGUUUAGUGUGUUUUGUGUUUGUUUAUCUAGUUAAUAAUAGGGUAGUUUCCAGGGCAAGAUAAUUCAAAAUCUAAUUAGUCCA